AUUCUAGACGACAUAGAAUAUAGAUAUCUAGAUCUAAUCUAGAAUGACUACAUAGAUUCUAGAAUCUAGAUAUGAUCUAGAUCUUUAUUAAUUAUGGAUCUGAUUGUUGGAUUCAUUCUACUCCAGUGUCAGUGAUACUCUAGAGUACUCUAGAAUAAUCAAAAUGUCUGGGAUGCUUUCUGCUGCCAGUGUUGACUGGGCUAAUAAAAUUAGGUGUAAUGUGGUUGAUGGCUUAAGACAAAGUUUUCAUGAUGGAAUAUUUACUGACAUUGAAAUCGAGGUUAGUGACUGUGUUUUUCGAUGCCACAAGGUUUUUCUUUGUGCUAUAUCAGACUACUUUCUGGCUAUGUUCACUUCUGGGAUGAGAGAAAGUGUUGACAGCCGAGUCACCAUAAAGGAUUUGUCUGGAUCAACAUUCAGGGCUGUGCUGGAUUUUUACUAUACUUGUGAUAGAUCUGUGGUCAAUACUGAUACAGCAGAAGACUUGCUACGAGCAGCUGGUCUGCUCCAAAUGACAACUUUACAAGACAAUUGUGAAUCUUACUAUGCAGAAAACCUCAAUGUAGACAAUGCAUUAGCUGUCUGGGACCUUGCGCAAUGUUUACACUGUGAGGCCCUCGCCGACAAAGCCAAACGUUUCAUCUUGGCCAACUUUCUGGACAUUUACACAGAGCCAGAUUUCUUACACAUCGAUGCAGAGCACUUGAAUGAACUGCUAGGCGACGAUGACCUUAGGGUGCCAGAUGAAGACUAUGUCUGUGAAGCAGCUGUCUCAUGGCUAAGACAUGACAUUGGCAGUCGUGCCAAAUUUUUUAAUGACAUCUGUGUUAAUUUGAGAUUAAGAUACCUUUCUGAAGAUUCUUCCAACAGAUUGCUCACGUUUAUUAGGAAUGAAUGCCAUUUAAAAGAUAGUAUUCUCGAAGGACUUACAGAGAACAGAAGAUACUCAUUCCCAGAAGCUUCCAGUGCAGUAGCUAUGGAAACACCCUUAUCUUCUAGAAACUAUGAGAACAUGCUUGUAGUAAUUGGAGUACAUAAAGCAACUGGCAUCCUUCCAACUGUUCAUGCAUAUAGUUUUAACACAAAAAUGUGGUUUAAACUAAGCUCUUUGCCAUUUGAUCCUGGAGUUGGUUAUGCAACAUGUGUUUUAGACAACCAGCUUUAUAUGUCUGGAAUAUCUCUUCGCAAAGCAUAUGUACUACGAUAUGACCCUUGUGCCAACUUGUGGGAGGAGUGUUGCCAGAUGCCAGAGAAGAGACGCUACCAUGAAAUGGUUGUAGCCUGCAACCAUGUGCAUGCAGUGUGUGGCUGGAAUAAAAGGGAUGGUGUCUUUACAAGCAUCAUUCAAUAUCAUGUCACUGAUGACUCCUGGACUAGCCUUGGCAAUUUGCGUGUGGGUGUCUAUUCUGCUUCUGCUUGUGCAGUCGAAAAUAUCAUAUAUGUAUUUGGUGGACGGGCAGAUGACAGUACCCGCAAGAGAGAUAUACAGUCUUUUAACAUCAAUACUGGGCAGGCCACGAUAAUCAACCAGUUUCCCUCUGCAGUGACUGAGAGCAGGGCUAUAGCUAUCAACUCCUCCAUGUAUCUAGCAUUAACUAACGGCUCCAUCAUGAAAGUCAUGGAAUCUGGGACCCUCUCACGACACAGCGUCCUUCCUAACUUUGACCGGUUUAACUUUGGACUCCUCCAACGUGGUAGCAGUAUUCUUGUUGUAGGCGGGGACACACGAUACCCAUCUGGUUCCAGUCAGUUUGUAGAUAUUUUAGAGGUAAAUGGACAUGAUGGCAAGGUCAAAAUUCUUCAAGAUCGUCUGUUCAAUAAUGCCAGUGCAGCUGCAUGUAGAAUUCUUCUGAUACGUCGAGUUAUCCUUCCAAGACUGUCUGUUCCUGGGAUUCCCCAAGAGCAAAAAUUCUAUCACUAGUUGUUGUUCUUUGAAUCACAAUGAUGCACUUAUGCACUUGUUUUUUAUCCAAUAUUUUUCUUUCCAGCUUAACUGUUUAUGUUAAUACACAGAUAAGAUAGAUUGAUAUGAAUGACUGAUAGAUAAGAUAGAUUGAUAUGAAUUACUGAUAGAUAAGAUAGAUAUGAAUGACUGAUAGAUAAGAUAGAUUGAUAUGAAUGACUGAUAGAUAAGGUAGAUUGAUAUGAAUGACUGAUAGUGCACUUUAUUUUACACAACAUUUCUCUAGUCAUAUGUUUUGAUCUCUUUUUGUGUGUUAUAAAAAAAAAAAAUUCACUGUCUUUAUUAGACCUCCAAUGGUCAUUGUUUCCAAUGGAAAACAUGGUCACUUGAUAAUAUUGUUGUAGUCUAAAGUAAUUGCCAAUCAGAAAAAAUAUUUUAUUUAUUUAAUAUCAUUAAAUUAUAUUGAAAUAUAUAAAUGUAUCUAUAAAAGAAAUGCCUGUUUAGAAUUUGUUUUCUAUGGCAUUUUAUGUCUUUAGAAAAGAUCUUUUCCCUUUACUUUGCAAACCAAUCCUAGAUACACAUCUGUGGUCAUAGGUUGAGAAUUUGUGAUCACCAGACACUGCAGAUGCAGAAUAUGUUUAAAAGCAAAAUAUUUACACAUUACCAAAUACUUUCAUAUUAUAUCUAAUUAAAAAACACAUCAAUUUUGACUUUGUACAUUAUUGAUGCCGAAAAAUGAUUUUUAAAUUCGUUAUAUAAAUAAAUUUAAAUAUUUUUAUUUUUCAUUUUUGAAUAUUUGUUUUUUUUAUGCCUGCUUUAAGACUUAGUAAAGAAAUAUUUUGUUUUUGAAAUAAUAAAAGAAAAAUUUGCCAAGCAUAUACAGAUUUCAUUGUAAAUAAACAUUAAUAUCAAAUAGAAUCUUGAAGCACAUAGUUUAUGAAUGUUACUUGUCUGUUGCAUGUAAAGUAUAUUUUUAUUGACUUUUUGAUGACUGGGUAGAGUAGAGUAGCUUGUAGAAGAAUAUGAUCCAUAUCCUGUUGUUGUUUAAAUCAAAAUUCUUGUCAAUUAGGUGAAACUUAGAAGGGAAUUCAUUUUUCUUACCCUAAGCUAUUAAAUUUUUUUUUCUUCCGUGAAUAUUAUAAAUUUCUUUCAAAUACUAAAAAUUACAAGAUUUAACAAGAAACUCUUUUUUUCUAUGUCCAUUUUGAACACAAAAACCUGCACACUUGACUUUCCUGAAAUUCCAAAUGUCAUGGCGAAAAUCUAAAAGUUUGAUUCAGAGAUACCUUGCUUCUUAGUCCUGGUAUUCAACCCACACACUGCACAACAGUCAUACCCAGUCAUCAGUGACCAGAAAUAAGAAACUUCCAUCAGGUACUUGGAACAAGAUGUGCAACUGAUGACAAUUCAUUUUUUUUUAAAGUAUUCCUUAAAAUGAAAACUAUGUUUUGUUUUGUUGUUUUCUUCCCUCUGGUCUCAGACCACAGACAAAAAAAAUCAUAGCCAGUGCUACCAGUCUCUAAUUUUUUAGUAGUUGUCAAGUUUUAAAGUUUUGCUGCCAAGAUUGUAUUAAUCUCAUAUAUGCCAAGUCAAUAUUUUCUUCUUUUUUUUUUUUAUUUUUAUUUAUAUAUUUUGUUUUUUUAAAUUAUAAUUUGUUCUAAAGUAAAUAUGCUAUUUCUUUGAUUUUUAUCAGGUGAUUUGGGUUUUCAGUGAACAGUGAUAAAAACUAAUUUCAUCUUUGUAAUCCAUACAUUUGUGCAUUCAAUAUCUUGGAUGCUCUUUAAGUUUUGUGCAUUUUUAAAAAUAGAACUUUCAAGUUUUAUAGUGACUGAUCUCAAAAGAGACAAUUUUAACCCCAGUGCGCUGAGUACUGGAGCAUGAUGUACGUGUAAGUAAGACUAAUUGAAGUCAGACUAAUUGAUCAAGUCUCAAGCAUUUAUUGGGGAAACAAAAAGUUACUUUUUGUGUUCCGUGGGUUCUUGUUCUCUUUAUUGGGGCGAAUGUUGGCAGAAGUUACCAAGCACCCAGUUAUUUUAAUUAAACAUUUUUUUUCGUCCUAGACUUUCUUCUCUUUGAUGGGGCCUGUGAUGGCUUUAAGGUUGUUGCUUCUUGAAUUGGGUCUAAAUAGUUGUAUAAGAGGAAGUCUUUGUUUUUUUUUUCUCCUACUUUUUAGUCAUGAUUUUGUUUUAUAGGAUUGUAUCAAGGUUUAUGUAUUAAAUUUAAACCAUGUUAAAAAGAAAAUUACACCUUUUUAAAAAAAAAUCAAGAAAACAAAUUUUUUGUUUGCAAGUGAGUCUGUAUCGAAUAUUGAAUAAUAAUUUCUACAUUGACAAAAUGUAUUCCUAUAUACAAUACAGGAAAUGACAUAUAGGGCAUAUUUAUAUACCAAAUAGACAUUUGGGCUA